AUGGGAGGGAUAUGGGCCCGUGUUAUGCGACAGGAAUUGCUGUUGGCCGUCAGCAUCGACAUGGAAAUGAUGGAAGGCAUUUUGUUGCGUCCCCAGUCCCUUCGUUGGGUUCUCGAAGCAAACGGCAUGACGCCAGACGCUGCGAGGGACGUUGUGUUUCCCACGUCUUCGGUCGCCAGAAACGUCAAGAUUUUGUUGGACACCUUGGAAACGUUAAAGAAGCAGUCUGCAAGCAAUCCGUACGGGUCUGGUGAGAGCGACGUGAAGGAUCCUCCUCUUCCUCACGUCCCACUUCUUAUGUCGAACGGUGAUGAGGUCAGACCUGCACCGACGCUCAUUGGCCGCUACGGAGAUGAGGCAAAAUUGCAGGAGGCAGCCGUUAGGAAACUUGUUGAGGAGGGCAUCUUUUGUGAGGUGACAUUUUUCUCCAUGGGCGUGGAGGAGCUGCUGCGGCGGCGAUUGCCGGCCACGGGAUUAAUGCAGCGGACGAAUUACAAGGUGCACUGGGGCUGUUUACGCCUCGUUCACCCGCCCAAAGACACCUCGUCCUACAGUUUGGAGCUCUUCCAGCGAACGUACAGUGGAAGUGAUAAAGUGCGGGAUCGAAGAGUCAUCUCCAUCCCGCUGGGUGAACCCCAACUGCGUAUCAAAUUGCAUGUCAUCGAGGCGGAGGGUAUUGUUCACACAUCGCCGUGGGACGACGGGUCCGUCGCUACGGAGGCCGCUCUCCCACUGAUUGCACUGGAGCUGCAAGGUGUACACCCUGUCACCAACACUGGCGCGCAGCAAUACCAAGAGAGGGAAAAAGACGCAAAAUCGAGGGGACACACGCACUACAUUGCUCCAUGUGCCACUGACACGGGUGGUGCACACAACGGCAACGGACUCCUGGCUAAUGGGGCUGAAAGCAGUUCCGCACGUGAAUUUUUGCUUUCCAAGCGCUUGGAUUGUGGCGGGGAGUUAUUGCUUCCCUCCGGUUGUAUGGCUGCGUGCGAAGAGGGCAGCGGGUUUUUCCUGUUUCAUUUCCCAGAACGGAUUGUCGCGAGAAAAACCCGCACAGAGGCGGUUGAAUGCAUUGUGGCCGCUCUUUCAGGCCUGACGCUGCCGUUUUUCUCAAGCGCGUCACGGUGCCCCUCGUCAGGCAGCAUGAACGCAGAUACGUCGAUUGGUGACAUAAGUGUGGUGACGUAUCAACACGUGCCGUAUCUUCUGCUUAGCAGUAACGGUGGUCCGCUGCGUGGUGGCGAUGCAAAGGGUUUGCCAGUGCUUCGCAGAGUUGGGGUGCAGUCGCUCGGUUAUUUUAGCGCCACUCAAAUUUGCUUCUACUUUCAAAAAGAGGAUAGUAGAAGGAUGAGUGCGGACGGCGACGCGUUGUCGCGUUUCCCGCGUUCUCCACUUGGUCGUGUUGCCAUGCCACUUUCCACCGCUUGCGCCAUGUUGAGUCGCCUUGGCGCGUUGACCCCAUUUUCCGGUAGUGGUGUUGGCAGCAGCAGCAAUGGUCAUGCUCAUAUCGGCAGCAACAAUGCAGGGGCUGUGCAGAGUGUGGACGAGACGGAGUCCAUGAUGUGGCGCAUGCAGCAACUGUAUGCGUUUCGUAGGAAGACUUGUGCGAGGGUGCGGCAGCAGAUAUUUGACGCGGAGGACAUUAAGGCGGAAAUUCUCUACAGUUAUUCCGAUAGUGAAUUCAUGCGCGGUUCAUAUAUUAAGGAUGUUCUGAAGGAAGCUCGGGAGUUGAUUGACUUGCAGCAGCCCCAAACCAGCGCUGCUCUCGCCCUGCGUGGAAUGAUUCGUGCAACACCUGGCGUAUGUCGUGAAUUGUGUGGGGCCGUCGUUCCGUGGACUCUUUGGCAUUGGGCACACCGGUGGAAAGCGUUGCAGUUGACCCACAGCCACCAGCGGGCUUUGGCAGACGCGUAUGACAUGGAGGAUGACGAGGACAGCAUGGACGGCUCAGAGGGCGGUGGCCGUCUCUCCAUGAUGGCCUCGUCUGGCACCACAAGGGACGACGGUGGGCAGGCAUUCAUUGUCUUCGAGGAGUUGCCAUGCUUCCUGGCGUGCAUGGAAUAG